CACUUGAUGACCCUGAUCAUGGUUCUACACCCUGUUUUGACCGGAUUCUUUUGCUGGUUGCUUUUAGGUUUUUCUGUGUUUCGUGGGUGUGUUUGAGAUCACACGGGGGGGCUCUCUCCUCGCUUUCUUCCUAAAACCUUUUUCUGUUAAUUGGGUUUUUUCUUCCUCCGGAAUCCGAAUCUUCGGCGCAUGUCCUGCUGUUCCUGCUGUUGUCGGCUAAGUUUCCGGCUUCCUCGGGUUUAAAAUGUCUCGCUCUCGGCAGGCGCAGAAGGAGAUGGUGAACGUGAGCGAGGCCCCGCAGCCGGGAGACACGACCUACACCAAGAUCUUCGUGGGCGGGCUGGCUUGGGAAACUCGGAGAGACGCGUUGAAAGGCUACUUCGAUCGGUUCGGGGAGAUCCUAGAGGCCGUGGUGAUCGCCGACAAGGUCACGGGGAAAUCCAAGGGAUACGGCUUCGUGACGUUCAGGGACCGGGAUUCGGCGAGCAGGGCUUGUCAGAAUCCUUACCCAGUCAUCGACGGCAGGAGGGCUAAUUGCAAUCUCGCAUCUCUCGGCGCGCAAAGGAGUCGCUUCUCGACAAACCAGCAAGGAGCCGAGAAAUUUAGGCAGAAAUCCGCAUCAGCGGCAUCCUCCAGCUUCAACGCCUCCGCUCCGUAUUUUCCGCAAUCCGUGCCUCAUAACGCAUUUACUUACUCAGCUUACGGGUACCCGGGUUAUCCUCACGACUUUUACGCAAUGAACUAUUACAACGUCUAUGGGGGCCAACAGCAUCCAGCUUAUUACCCGUCUCCGGCACCUGGGUCCUCGGGGUUCUACUUCCAUCCAUUCUAUGCACAUCAUGCGCAGAGUAGUUCGACACAGUACCCAAAACUGAUGCGAUAUCCGCUUCUACCUCCGACGGUCCGUGCCUUAGAGUUCCCAUCAGCAACUACCUCGGCUUCUUUGCUACCUGUUGUGACCACACGAUCAACCGCAUCAGCAGUUCCUGCAGAAACGAGGGACAAACCAGCACACAAAAAUGGCUAAAAGAUUCACGGGGCAGGCGAAGAAAAGGCGCUAAAGGAGCAAAAUUCGAAGUCUCGACGGGCUGCAAGUACAAAAAUAUAUGGAGGCAUGAAGGAGCAAAAUUUUUCAAUUUGACCAUCUUGUAGGCUAGGUCUUUUCUUACUGGUUUCGUCUUCUUCAUUCACAUGGAUUACAGAAAUUCAUUCUCAUUUCGCAGCAUUGUACACAUUCACAUACAUGCACAUUGCAUAACAUACUUAGACAUGGAAUUUGCGUUUCUAACUAAAAAUUUGAACUCAAUUCUUGACAAUGUUCAGGUUUGUGUCUCUAUAAUGUUACCGACAGCGCGCUAGUGAUUGUUCUAACCCUUCCUAGUUGGCAAUUUUUCUGUGCCUUGUAUCGAUGCCUAGCGGCUUCACAUACUGGCCUAGUAAACUGCAGUUGGGCAUCUUCAGUUGAAUAACCAGUACCGGAAACUU